AUGCAGCUCGAGGAUUUAGCGUACGAGCGUAAACUACGUCCUAUCUGGGAGUCAAUUGAAAUAGGGAACUACAAAAAGGCCCUGCAGGAUGUCGAAAAGAUGCUUAAAAAGAAACCUACCUUACAGUGUGCACGGGCGCUAAAAGCCUGGGCAUACCAAAGGCUAGGACGAACGGAGGACAGUGCACCCUUGAUUGCAGCUCUCGAAGAGGAGCAACCGAUCGAAGCGACCACGCUGCACGCCCUGACGCUGUGCUACAAGGAAACGCAUCAGUUGGAAAAAAUUUGCACGUUGUUCAGCAAUGCCGUCCGGCAAGUUCCUGGUAGUGAGGAGUUGCUGUCGCAGCUGUUUAUUGCGUACAUGCGCAUCGAUGACUUCAAGUCGCUGCAGUCGGUGGCGUUGCAACUGUACAAGUUACGACCACGUAAUUCAUACUACUUCUGGGCCGUGGUGAGCGUGGUGCUGCAAGCACUGCGAGGACCCGAAACGGACAACACGCAAAAGGUCCAAUUGUUGUUGGUUCUCGCCCAGCGCAUGGUGGACAAAUUUAUCGCAGAAAACAAGCUGGACGGGGCACAGGAAGCGCAGCUGUAUCUGCAGAUCCUUCAGGAGCAGCACAAGUAUGGUGAGGCGUACGAGUUUCUGCAGGGUGCCUUAUGCCAGAAACUAUAUCCCGGCGCGCCAGUUUACCUCAAAAUAGACCUCCUUAAAAAACUUAACAAAUGGGGCGAACUAAAUCGAUUCCUUAAAGAAUUGUUAUUGCAAGAGCAAGACCGUUGGGAUUAUUAUCAAGAUUAUAUUAACUCCACGUUUGAGCUGAUCAAAGCCGGCGAUAAGCCAGAUGGUGCAGAUCACACGGUAGAGAUGUGUCAUGAGUUUUUGUGCGGCGUUAUCGAGGCGCAACCAAAAAAGUUUCGUGGUCCAUACCUGGCGCGGUUGGAGCUGAAUCGUCGCAUGGUAGAGCAACGGUACGCAGAAGAUCAGUUGUUUGGUAAAAUGGCCGAUAUGCUAGCAGAGUAUUUCGAGCUGUUUGCCGACAAGCCGUGCUGCGCGCUUGAUAUGAAGCUUUUUCUUGAGUUCGUCAAACCAGCGCAGGAGAAGAGGGCUCUUGCUAGCAAACUCAUGAACGGACUUGGUCUCAGCUCAGCAACACUGCCAGCUAGUAAGGAACAAAUGCAGCGGCACAUCUGCACGUUGCAAAUAGCACGGUACAGUGGCGCGCACGCCAUCGUAAGCGAGGAGCUGCUACACGCAAUCUAUACCUCUCUCAGUCUGCACUACGAGCACGGGUACAAUGCGUAUGGGCAAGGGCUGCUCGUGACGGACAUGGGACCAUCGGACGCGUACGCGCUACUAGCCGCUCAGAUUAUGUACGAACGUGCAUGGCGAUUGCAACGCUCUGAGCCAGCCAUCGAAGCCUUGUGCCUGCUAAACCACCUGCUCGCGAACAGCGUGAACAACUUCCACGCAAAGCUGCUUGCGUUACAAUUGUAUAACCGAUUAGGUUUAACACAGGCAGCCCACGCCGUAUAUGAGGCGCUGGACAUCAAGCACAUUCAGCUAGACUCGCUUGGAUAUUUGCACUGCGCCCAACUGGCAAACAGUGGGUUUCCGGCGCUUGCAAAAACGACAUACGAAUAUACGCUUUAUUUUUUCCUUAACGAUAACGAUGCCAAUUCGGAAUUUCCGAAGGCAGUGUAUAAUUUCGGCACGUUCUCGAAGCUUGUGGAAAUCAUCGAUUUUCGAAGCAAGCUCGCCAACAGCUACCACUUUAUGCUCGUGUCCGUUGAAACGUUGCUACUGAUGGUGGUAAGUUUCGGGGGCAUUUUACCGCAGCUGCUGGCGGCGUAUCGGCAGACACGCCCUAAACCACACGAAGAUCGGAUUCGCUGGGACAAACUGCACGAUAAUCGCGACCUCACAAUUUUCGUAAGCUGGGAUCCACCGGAGGAAGACAGUGACGAGCAAACCAUGCUCGAAAAUGGCAACAGCAACGAAACGGUGAUCCCGGUUACCUCGAAACCUGUCGGCGCUUCACUCGAGGAACGCCGGGAAGCGGUGCGCAAGCUUAGCUACGAACAGGACUGCGAUUUGCUCAGGCUGCGCUCGGGCCUUUCGAGAAUGAUAUUUGGUUUGGUGGAGCUGUACCUUAACCGGACGACAAUAGAGUACACUGUGACAGAGCAGCUGCUCGAUGAGUGGAUCGAGGUAACGGCAGACAUUCGUCGCAAACGGCACACCCCAAUUAGUGGUCGGUAUCUAGUCAACUUGCUGCCUUCGCGGUUGCACCUCUAUCUGCACCUACCGUACGAGACUGUUUUUACGCAUUUGGCCCACUUUGCCCUUGGUCUGUGGAAGGGCCACGGACUCGAUCAGCUAACGGAUGCGUCAGAACUCUGCUUUAACGACGUCACGGCCGUGUUUGAAAUGCUGAAGCAAACUAUCGACAGCUACCACGAGUCAGUUGAUUUGCUCUGGAACUGGAAAAAAACGCACGAGCUUGUGAACGGGUGUAUUGAGAUGAUCUCACUGAUGGUUUUUAUGAUGGCGGUGUGCUACGACAAGUUUCUGCACGCGCCAGCCUCGCAAACACAGGCUAGCGUUGGGAAGAAAUCGAAAAAACAGUCCACUGAAAGCAGUGCACCAGCGUCGAAUGAAUCCUCGAAGGAUUUCGUCCCGGAACGGGAACGUCUCGUGCUUGUGACGAAGGUACUGCGGGAGCUGAAGCAAAGAAUCAACGAAGCGGACCUGGUGUUGGCCUCCUGGAAGCUACCCAUCGUGCAGGACUCACUUUCGGCGGCCAUGGAACGAAUGUCUCUGAAUCCCAAGUGCGCAACGACCGUGCAGUCGGCGGUUGCAGAUGAUGUGUUGACGGAAGUUAAAGAGCUACGGAAGCUGCUCAAGGAUAAGCUGAAGCUAAUGAGUAAAGCGAUUUAAGACCGGGUCGCCCGUGUCGCGUUCCUAACCAAACUCUAGCCCACGAUAAUCCGAUCAUCUUAGGUAAAACGUGCUGCCGCUGUUGUCCCAUUGCAUUGCGCCUUUCUCAUGAAAACAUCGCGUUGAUAUAGGUACUUUUUUUCUUUACUGUUGAACCGUAUUAGUUAAGCCCACUGUCAUCACUGUGUAUAGACCCUGAAGUUGUGCGGAGGAAAAUUCACCCCCCAGUACAUCGAUAUUAAAUUAGGUACGUUGUUUAAUCGGUACCAUCGCUACAAUACACACUUUUUUAAUAACAUGGAGCAUUCAAGGAAUAGAAAAUAGUUGGGGAAAAUUGCCCUUUUCUUAUCAAAGGGUGAUUUAGAAAAAAAGCUGAAAUGAAAUAAGACAGAAGGAGAAGUGGGCUGGGUGAUUGUACGCAGGCCGUUAUUCAACAAUUAGUUCGGCUUUUGUUAUCAUGGUACCAGCAGAAAAGUAGGUGUUUUAUGAUCGCCAGUUUACCGGCUUUGUUUGCUUUGGAGUGGAACAAGAUUCUACCGUUUUACAGAAGCAGAUAAGCACAUCUGGCAGACUUCGUGACACCUCGGUUGAUAGGCGAGUACGUACGAAAGUUCGUACAAAAAAUCACACUUUAGAUCCAUUACAAGUUUGAAAUUUUUACAAAUGUUGCUGAACAAAGAAACGGCGCUUUGGUAACGUGGCAUUCGAACUUCUGCCAGUGCAAUUGUACAGUAGAGCAGUCGGUGGUUGGUUUUGAUCAUUGGCAAAAGGUUUUUGCAGGAGGCGUCAACUGAAGCAGUAGAAUCAAAAUGGUUUUGCAGCCGUUACGGAUGUACAUCCAUUAUAGGACUUCCACUUGAGAGGAAGCAUGGACGAGAGCAAGUAGUUGAGAGAAAAAUCAAUUCGACAAUUUAAUAAAAGAUGGAUAAUUUCACUGGCAACUAGCAUUUGUCUUGCAAGUGUACUUUUGCAUACAAACUCCGAAAGUAACAUGUCACUGUUCAA